AUGUCCCCAAAGAAGUUUGCCUUAAUGCCGCAGCACUAUCUGACCCCAAAGCCCAAGACCUAUUGGAGGUACUUGGGCUUCUACUUUGACCGCAGGCUCACCUUUCAUGAGCACGUCCGCUACUAUGCCACCAAGGCAUUCACCACUGUGCAGGCCAUGCGCAUGCUCGGAAACUCUACUAGAGGUCUCUCGCCUAAACAGCGCCACCUCCUCUACAGAUCAUGUGUGGUUCCCAUUGCCACAUAUGGUUAUCGUCUCUGGUACUACAAUGGCGCCUGUAAUAAGGGCGCGAUGAACCAGCUAAAACAGAUGCAGCGGAAAGCUGCUCUAUGGAUCACGGGUGCUUUCUGCACCUCCCCUACAGGCGGUCUUGAGGCCUUGGCAGUGUACCGUGUCGCCACCCUCUCGGACACCCACCCCCUUCGCUCUAUGAUGGGCGAGGGACUCCUUAAGCGAGCCACACCACAUGCUCGCUCAGCCACCUUGAUGACCCCAGCCAUGCGAGGGAAAGUCAAGAGCACCGUCAUGGAGGUGGACGAGUGUGUCCACACCUUAACUGAGAGCUUCGAGCCCUUUGCGCCCAAAGCUCACCCAGACGAGCUCAUCGCAAAAGCGAGGGCCGACCCUUCAACAGUACUGGCUGCAACUGAUGACUCUGUCCCUCAGUCCAACCAGUAUCAGGUGGCUUCGGCAGCCAUCAUCUACAAGGGACAUCAUGAGCUCAAGAGGACUCGCUAUGUCUCUGGCAGAGUUACUGCCCCAGAUGCGGAACUCAAUGCCAUCUCAUGUGCAGUGCGCCUUGCUGUCAAGCAGGCAAACUGCCAACAUAUUAUGGUCUUUACUGACUCUAUGGGCUCGGCCCAUAGAGCGGUCGACCCUUCCAUGCACUCUGGUCAGGCUUUCAGCCUGUCAGUUUGUCGCACUCUUCGAGAGUGGUUUGAGGCAGAUGACCUCCGCCACAUCACCUUUAUCUACGUUCCCUCUGCUUUGCGGUGGGAUAUCCAUGGUGAGGCACACAAACACGCUACGCUCCUGAGCCGCGCACUCAGUCCUGGAUUCCCUGACAGGUGGCCACUACAGCCAUCGUACCUCAAUGGGGGACCUUGGCUUUCAUCUUUCGGACACAGUAUCACUGAGUUCGCUCGCGUUUGCUGGUGUAUAACUGGCCACGUGCCCAUUGGAGCGUAUUACCGUUGCUUCAAGAUCAACGAGCCUCAUGGUUGCACUUGCGGGGCUGCUUUGCAGUCUCGCCAGCAUGUCCUCUGUCACUGUCACAAUCGCUACUCCGUGCAUUACCCCCACUUUCUUGGGGAUAUUGCAUCUUUUAUGAAGUACAACCCCACAGCGUUUGGCUUCAACCGGGACCCUUCAGGUGUUGGAUAA